CCAUAUAUUUUUAAAAUAUAUAAUAUUAAUUCAUAUUGAUUAUUUUCUUAAUAAUUAUGGACACCUUAAAGCCAUUGGUAGAAGAAAAACCAGUGGUAAUAUUCAGUAGAAGCAGCACAGAUGCAGUGAGUCAUUCAAUGAAGCAGCUUUUUAGUGGGUAUGGUGCAAACCCAACUGUGUAUGAGCUCAAUGAAUUACCAAAUAGACAAGAAGUUGAAAAUGGUCUACAAAUGAUGGGCCAACAAAACCCUAAUGAGCCUUCUAUUUUUAUUGGUGGCAACUUUAUUGGUGGACCAAAUGAUGUUAUUGGGCUACAAAUUAGGGGUGAGUUGGGUCAAAAGUUGAUUGAUGCAAAAGCUAUUUGGGUUUGGAACCGAUAUGAUCGAUAACAAUAAUGUCAGAGCCUUAAUUAUAAAAGAUUGAGAUUGGCUACAUGAACUAAUAUAUCAAAUAUCUUAAUGGUAAGGUAUAUAAGUCAUGCUAAUUAGUGCCUUCUAGUGAUGUACUUGCAUUUUAUCAUAAUUAUUAUAUACUUCUAUUGUAAAGUGCUUGUAAAAAUGUCAUAAACCAUG